ACUUCACACCAUACUCACAACAAAGAAGAAAGAUAUCUUCUUCCCGUCUAGUUUCUCUUGGCUUUUUCUUCUUCUUUCUUUUCGUUUGAGGUCAUGGUCAUGGCGAAAAGGCAGAUCUUUGUUUCAAUGGUCUUUGUAAUAUUGCUACUCACUGUGCUGGUUGGUGCAAAUGAAGAAGAAGAAGCUGACAGGAUAUGGCGACUUCCUGGGCAGCCCAAGGUCUCUUUCCAGCAGUUUUCAGGCUAUGUCACUGUUAAUCACGCUGUUGGCAGAGCCCUCUUCUACUGGCUCACGGAGGCUGCCCAUGAUCCCCUCUCAAAACCACUUGUUGUGUGGCUUAAUGGAGGCCCUGGUUGCUCUUCUGUGGCAUAUGGUGCAUCCGAAGAAAUAGGCCCAUUUAGAAUAAACAAGACAGCCUCAGGGUUGUACCUCAACAAGUUCUCAUGGAACACUGUAGCCAACCUCUUGUUCUUGGAGACUCCUGCCGGCGUGGGCUUCUCUUACAGCAACCGGGGCUCCGAUCUCUUUGACACCGGCGAUCGCCGCACUGCCAGGGACUCCCUGCAAUUCCUAAUAAGAUGGUUGGAUCGUUUCCCACGCUACAAGCCCAGAGAAGUCUAUCUCACCGGAGAGAGCUACGCAGGCCAUUAUGUUCCUCAGCUUGCUAAAGAAAUUAUGACCUACAAUCAACAUUCCAAACACCCUAUUAAUCUCAAAGGAAUCAUGGUUGGAAAUGCAGUGACAGACAACUACUAUGACAACUUGGGGACAGUGACAUACUGGUGGAGCCAUGCCAUGAUCUCCGAUAAAACCUACCAGCAGCUGAUCAACACGUGUGAUUUUAAGCGACAAAAGGAAUCGAACGAAUGCGAGUCAAUGUAUAGCUAUGCCAUGGAUCAAGAAUUUGGCAAUAUUGAUCAAUACAACAUUUAUGCACCCCCUUGUAACAACUCUGAUGGUAGCACUACUACUACUGCUACACGCCAUAACAUGCGAUUGCCUCACCGACCAGUACAUCAUCAUCGGAUUUUCCGCCAAAUGUCCGGGUAUGAUCCUUGUACGGAAAAAUAUGCGGAGAUUUACUACAAUAGACCAGAUGUGCAGAAAGCACUCCACGCUAACACAACCAAAAUUCCUUAUAAGUGGACUGCUUGCAAUGAGGUUUUGAAUCGGAACUGGAACGACACGGAUGCGUCGAUUCUUCCAAUUUAUAGAGAAAUGAUAGCUAGUGGUUUGAGAAUUUGGGUAUUUAGUGGUGAUGUUGACUCAGUGGUGCCGGUGACAGCAACAAGAUAUGCACUUGCACAACUUAAAUUAGAAACCAAAAUUCCAUGGUACCCUUGGUAUGUUAAGAAACAGGUGGGAGGCUGGACAGAAGUAUACAAAGGGCUGACAUUCGCAACUGUGAGAGGUGCAGGCCAUGAAGUCCCACUUUUCAAGCCAAGAGUAGCCCUUCAGCUGUUCGAGUCAUUUAUUAGAGGGCAGCCUCUUCCAAAAUCUUAAGCAAAAACCUGAUCAUCAUCAUCAUCAUCAUCAUGUCUUUCUCCCUUCACCCAUUUCCAUUUAAUUUACUUGGAUCUUGUUAUGAACUGUUAUCUUUCUAGGCAAAUUAAGAAAAUGUAAUUUUAACAAAAGUACAUGCAAUUGCUGGAGAUCAAAGCCA